AGUCAGCAGACGAAAAAUAUUGAAGCAAAAUGGCAUCCCAUUUAGGGCUGUAAAAAUGUUUCAUGGAAGAUUACAUCGAAAGUGUACAGUUAUUAUCGGCGUUCAAAAUGUAUUUAACACAUCUAUUGUAACUAGAAAAUGUACUUAGUGAUUUGGAAGAGUUAAAAGUGAAUUUUCAGCGAUGAAUUGUCACCAAAUCCUAAGUGGAGCUUGUAAUGCAGGGGAUAGAUGUUUUGCAGUCGGAUCAGUAGAAGGGAUUCCCUUUACGGCUUAUGCAGCUGGGUGUAACAUAGUGAUCUUGGCUAGUACGUUCGAAAGAGUGCAGAUUAUCCCAGGUGCAAUUCACAAUUAUGUGCGCAUCGGUUGUGUGGACUGUAGUACAGAUACUGGCAAAAUAGCGGCUGCCUAUCAUAACCAGAUAUGUAUCUUUGAACCUACGCCAUUGAUUCACAACACCAGUAAACAUCAAUUGGACUACAGAUGGGUUCAAACCGGUUCAUGGCAAACGGAGUCUCCUAUCAGCUGUUUGUCAUGGAAUUUGGAGGGCACUCGUCUGCUGACUGGAGGGGAGGUGAUGCAGCUAUGGCAUCAGCAUAUGGCUCCCCAUCACAUGGAUGCUGACAAUGAAAUUAACACAGGAGGCGUAACGUUCGAGAUAGGCGAAGAAGCUACAGAGUCCCUGUCACAAGCGCCGCCCCCCACCGCCUCUGGCCCCAAGGAGGGGGCACAGGAGUGUGAGGAGGAUGAGGAUCGUGGGUGGGAGUGUGUCUGGCGUGUGCAAACGGCUACUCCCAUUCUGCAUAUGGCGUUUUCGCCCGACGGCACGCUCUUUGCCACGGCCGGCCGCAACGAUCGGCUUGUCAAGAUUUGGUUCGAAAAUAAACAAUUGUUGUUUCCGUCGAAAAGCGUGGACCAAAGUCAACACCAGCAGUCGACCGUUAAUGAACUCAACUACGGAUUUGUCUAUAUAUCACAUCCCAGAGCAGUCACACAACUGUCAUGGCGAAAGACCAGCAAGUACAUGCCCAAAGGCUCAGUGUCGAAUAUGUUGGUAACAUCGUGCCGUGACAAUAUCUGUCGGCUAUGGGUUGAAACAGUGCUGCCAGACGAUGGAGGUUUGGUGAACAUGCAUCAAUUUGAUCCGCUUGCCGCUCAUAAUCCAAAGUUCCACACUCACAGACACAAGCAUCGGUUCAUGCAACGUCUCAAACACAUGAAGACAUGCUUCCACAUACGUCGCCACGCCAAGCAGCAGGGAGGCAGCGCCAAUCAGCUGAUUGGUGGGGUGGCAGGACCCAUCCCCACUCUGCCCUCCACGUACAGUGUGCACGACUUCCACAGCUACGGCUUCCAUGGCACCGGGGUGACCCCUGGACUCCACAUGCAUCUGGCCGCCAGCAUCAAUGCUCAGACCGGUAACACUGUCAAAAUCAGCUGCUCGAUUGUGUGUAUCAAAUUGGACAUGCUUCCACAUACGUCGCCACGCAAAGCAGCAGGGAGGCAGGCCAAUCAGCUGAUUGGUGGGGUGGCAGAGGACCUCCCCACUCUGCCCUCCACGUACAGUGUGCACGACUUCCACAGCUACGGCUUCCAUGACACAGGAGGCGUCACUUUCGAGAUAGGCGAAGAAGCUACAGAGUCCCUGUCUCAAGCGCCGCCCCCCACCGCCUCUGGCCCCAAGGAGGGGCACAGGAGUGUGAGGAGGAUGAGGAUCGUGGGUGGGAGUGUGUCUGGCGUGUGCAAAACGGCUACACCCAUUCUGCACAUGGCGUUUUCGCCCGAUGGCACGCUCUUUGCCACGGCCGGCCGCAACGAUCGGCUUGUCAAGAUUUGGUUCGAAAAUAAACAAUUGUUGUUUCCGUCGAAAAGCGUGGACCAAAGUCAACACCAGCAGUCGACCGUUAAUGAACUCAACUACGGAUUUGUCUAUAUAUACUCCCAGAGCAGUCACACAACUGUCAUGGCGAAAGACCAGCAAGUACAUGCCCAAAGGCUCAGUGUCGAAUAUGUGGUAACAUCGUGCCGUGACAAUAUCUGUCGGCUGUGGGUUGAAACAGUGCUGCCAGACGAUGGAGGUUUGGUGAACAUGCAUCAAUUUGAUCCGCUUGCAGCUCAUAAUCCAAAGUUCCACACUCACAGACACAAGCAUCGGUUCAUGCAACGUCUCAAACACAUGAAGACAUGCUUCCACAUACGUCGCCACGCCAAGCAGCAGGGAGGCAGCGCCAAUCAGCUGAUUGGUGGGGUGGCAGGACCCAUCCCCACUCUGCCCUCCACGUACAGUGUGCACGACUUCCACAGCUACGGCUUCCAUGGCACCGGGGUGACCCCUGGACUCCACAUGCAUCUGGCCGCCAGCAUCAAUGCUCAGACCGACAUUCCAUUAGUUCCGAGUUUAAUCACUGGAGAUCCAGAACGGGAACCGAAUUUCAUUCUGCAUUGGCUCAACAACAAGGAGAUGCAUUUCUCCCUUCAGGCUGAGGCUAUAUUACAUGAUCUCACUAAGAAAGUAGUGGAAAAGGAAGAAGGCCUUGGAUUUGAUCACAGCCACCAUGAUUCGUCGGAACAUCAUGAUUCAGAACAUGAUGAUAGAACGCUGUCAGGUAGAAAGAAGGGAAGUAGAUUGGCCAAAUCUGUGUCCCAGGAUGAGAGUGGGGGAAGCGAAGAGCACCAUCCAGGCGGUGGAGGGGGUAUCCCCACCAGCUUCCCCUCCAGCACACAUCAGACGCUCAGCAAUGCUACAUCGAUCAACUCUCUAGCAACAGACACAGUUGGGCCUUCACUGGCGCACACCCCUGAUUCGCUAGACACCAAGAUAGAAUGUCUGCUGAGAGAUUGGCACCAUAGUCCCGAUCUCCUCUUCGCUAUACAUCCGAUUGACGGCAGUUUCCUCAUCUGGGUAGUGGAGUGGCUAGACGAGUACCACCCGGGGUCCUUCAGACAGGCGCAGGUCUCGUUUUCGACGCGCAUUCCGUCGGCCUUCCCCCUGGGAGACGCCAUGACCAUGUCCAACAAUGUCUGUCUCUAUCACACGUCUCCCUGUCAUCUGCAGCUGGUCUUCAGGGAUGUCGUCAAAACUGCCAAGCCAAACAAAUCACCCAAUGGAGGCGGUAGUGAAGGAGGAGAACCCACCACUCCCCUCCCUUCAGUUGUAGAGGAGGAGACGGUAGCAGGGGGUGAUGAGGAUGAGGCGGAAGAGGAGGAGAAGAAACCAGGGGGCCCAGGGGGUCACAGUCCCGCCCAGGGAGGCACAGACAACGAUAUGCUGAGUGCGCCUCCUUCACCAACUCUAUCAAUGGUCACCAAACAUAGUAACGGCACACUGAAUCUCUGGCAGUUGACUUUUGCUGAUAAGACCAAGUUCUCUCAGGUGCUAAGCAUAGGCCACGCAUCGCGCGCCUCUGGUCACAGAUUCCGAGUCAACGACAUAACCUGUCAUCCAGUGUUGCCGCUUCUACUCAGCACCUCCCACCACAAUCUGCCAGAAAGCAGCUCUGGCCAAUCACAGCCUUCUCCCACUCAGCCUAUCUCGCCCACUGGCCAAUUGGGACAGUCUGUGGACCCGACCGGGUUCUGCAGCGAGCUGAUCCUAUGGCGUGUGGACGCAGUGGGUCCCCUGUCGAAAUCCGGCGGAGUCAGCGAAUUGGCUCGUAUCAAUUCCCCCCACCUGUCUGCCUUCUCCAAUGUGGCCUGGAUACCGACCCUUCUUCCCUCCACCACUCUGGGUCAACUCUCCAAUUCACCCAGUGCUUGUUUUGUGGCUUCUGACGGCGAGAGUCUUAGGGUUUACCAAGCCGUGAUAGAUGCUCGCACCCUAUUGGCCGAGGUAGCCUCUUCAGAACGACGCAGCCGAUUGGCUAGGAGCGGUUCGCUGAACAGUCUCAGCAGUGACCUCAGCUCAGAGGAUGCUCACCAUGCAACGGGUGCUGGCAACGCUGCUUUGCAAGGAGGCAACGCGUUGCACGAUCGCAUCCGUAUCGUAUCACAGCAGUCGACUGCGCGGCCUGGGUGUGUCAUACAGCUGGACGCAAUAGCAGAUGCCAAACAUGACUGGCAGAAUACACAGUUCUUGCACGUGUUUCAAGAACAGCUGAUUACUGGAGUGAGAUCAGCUGAUGAACAGCUGUUUGGAGGAGCGUCGUCUGCAGCUGAUGGGUUGAUGGAUCGUCAGAUGGGUGCUAUGGUUGACCUCCACCACACAGCCGAAUUCGAGGAGCCGUUCUAUCUGGUGGUAGUAGAACGCACAACCUCGGGCACAACCAUCCACACGUGGCGUUUAGUGAUCGCCAGCGCUAGCACGGCGGGGGACUCGGCAACAAUGUUGUCAGGGUCGAUGAUGUAUGUGCCCGACUCGCAGUUGGUGCAGGAGGAGAAUGACGACACGUUUAUUGGCGGGGCGGCGCCGGAGGAGGAGGCGGCCAUGUCGCAGGCACAUAGACAGAGUACCUCGGCUGGAGUGCAUGUCAGCAUAUCUACCACUAAGGUGUGCACACAAGAGCUACCCCUGCCAGAUGGAGUGGACGUAAUACAUGCCAGUCCUGCCGGCGGCCAUCUUAGUUCGGCGUCCAUAUAUCCGGCCUGUUUUGCGCCCUACAUCAUUGUCACAGUCUGCUCGGAUAGCACUGUCAGGUUCUGGAAAUGCAUUGUGACCAAGAAAGAAGACGAAGAGGGCACUAGUAAAGGAGGAUGCAAUUUCAGCUACCGUUGGGCCGAAUGGGACAUGCUAAGAAAGGACAGAGAAUCUAUCAUCGAAAUACAAGGUCAACCUCUGAAUAUAAGUGCGGCUUACAGUGGUCGUAUAGCAGUCGCUUACAAGUAUGGAAAAUCAUUUACACGCCCCUCAAGGAAAGAUCCGGAUUCUCGCUAUGUCAACCUCUGUGUUGCUAUUUAUGAAUGUGAGAGUACUGGAGGCUCAGAAUGGGUGCUAGAAGACACCCUCCACUUGAAAAACAUCCAUCUACCCCGUAUCCAGGUGGAUCCAAGUGUAGACCUCAGCUAUCUGUACGACCAGAGUUACAUAAGCAAGAAACAAAGGCUGCAGACCAACUUUAUCAAGGCCAUUUCCUCAGAAGACAUCCUUGAUUCGCGUGUACCCGGCCGUAACACACAGGAUCACUCGCAGGACAAUAAUCUGGUCAAAUCUGGAGCAGGUCUCCUGGCAGUUCCGAGCUUCAGCACACUACAAUCUCUGCGCAGAUCUAUAAUAGAGAAUGGAAACACAUGUCCUCUAACUCAAAAACAUCUGGUCCAGUUAGACUGGGUCUCCAAAGAGGACGGAUCUCAUAUCCUGACUGUAGCUGUUGGAAGCAAGGUUAUGUUGUUCACACCUGUUUCAAGUGAUUUGGCUCAAGCUAACAUGAAAGCUAUGAAGGAAUCACAGUCUACAAAUCGCCCCAUUCUACGUAAAGCAUCAAGUUUAGCUGCCCCAAAUUUUGUAGACGAAAUACGAUGGAUGAAGCUGCGCAAAAUCGAUCUACAAACAGCUGAUGGACUUCCGCCUCUGCCAAUGCAGAUAUCCUGGGUGAGAGAUGGCAUCCUAGUGGUUGGAAUGGACUCUGAGAUGCAUGUGUAUUCACAAUGGAAGCCUGAUUCGAUACGUGUGAAAUCGUUGAAACUUGCACACCAAGAGUCUGAUGAACUGCAAGAUACCAGGAAUCUGAGAGAUGAAGAUCUCAGGAGUUUGGCUCAGGAUUCAUCCCAGAGAAGGCUUGCCAAUGUUAGUUCAAUGCCGCAUCUUUCCAGAGUCAGUUCUAUAAAUCUGACGAUGAUGUCCGUCGAAACAAAGAAGAAAAGAACUGCCAGUUCUUCAGGAACAGGAGGCCUGGGGAGUGGCAAUACACAGCAAGAGCAGCAGGCCAACAUGGACUCGUAUAUGCCUGACUACGGUCUGUUUGAGGCCAGCCGCAUAGCCUGCCCCGUCCUACCCCAGUAUCAUCCCAAGCAGCUCAUGGAGCUACUCAACUCUGGCAAGAUCAGAUGGGUCAAGGCCAUUCUUGCUCAUCUAGUCAGAUGUAUAUCAGGAACGUGUACUAUUAGACAAGGAGCUGUUGUUGGAGGGUGUACAGAUGAGGAUAGCUUUACUAAACAGAGAGGAUGGUCCAGAUCUAGAACGCUCUCUGUCAGUUAUGCAGCAGCCGCUAAUCGAAUCUCGGCUUCAGGUACAACAAGCCCGCUGGAGCAGAGAGGUUCAACAACUGCUAUUCCUGAAGAGUUGACCUUGGAUUACGCUGAGAUAACCUCCAUACCUCCUCUACCUCUAUGGACUUUACUAGCAGCUGAUAAGGAGUCACUCACUAAAGUACAGGGCAGCGAUGAUCACAAGGACUACAACGACCUGUUUGACGGCACAGCUGGAUUUGGAGAUGAGUCUUUGGACGAUCUGUUGGAUAAUGACGACGAAUCUGAUUCCCCAAUGAAGAGAGAUCGCAGACAAUCGGCCAGCGGAGAGAAACAGGCAACAUUGUCUCACUUUGGGCCCAGACAGGGUCGCCUUUUAUCGCGUCUGUUGACCCACACACAUUUGCCAGGCCUCUCGAGCCUCGACCAGAUGCAUUUGCUGGCAUUGGCCGAUACAGUCUCCACGUGUAACACAGAUUUCGCCGAGCGAUUCGCAAUCGACGCCGCUAAAUCUGCCAUUGCAAAGGAGAACAUCACUGGAACACCCAACAACCAGGCUGCCUCUUCAGAUUCACUAGACGACUGUGGACUCAGGUUCCUGUUGGCUAUGAAACACUACAGCUAUCUGCUGCGUUGUCUGCCGAUCGUGCAACGGGCCAAAUUUCAAAAGCAGGGCAUCAGCAGCAACAACCUCGUGUGGGCGUUCCACAGUGAGAGCGAGGAGGAGCUAUUGGCCCUCAUUCCGUCCUACUCUAAGGGAAAUCCCAAGUGGUCUCAGCUCAAGGAGCUGGGGGUCGGAUGGUGGCUGAGGAAUUUCACACUGCUCAGGACUUGUAUCGAGAAGGUAGCCAAAGCAGCGUACCAGGCCAACGAAGACCCUCUCGACGCGGCCAUUUUCUACCUGGCGAUGAAGAAGAAAUCCCUAGUGUGGGGUCUGUUCAGGUCGAAGCGUGACGAGCGUAUGACGUCAUUCUUCAGCAAUGACUUCACUCAGGAGAGAUGGCGCAAGGCGGCUCUCAAGAAUGCAUUCGCGCUUCUCGGCAAGCAGAGGUUCACACAUGCGGCCGCGUUUUUCCUCCUUGCCAACGCCAUACGCGAUGCUAUCGAGGUGUGCUUGAAUAAACUGGAAGAUUUGCAGUUGGCAAUGGUGAUAGCAAGACUGUAUGAGGGCGAAACAGCUGACACCCCCCCGAGUGUGAAACGGCUGUUACACGAGGAAAUCCUUGGUUGCGACGCUAACGGGGAGAACCAAUGUAUGACCCAGGUACAUCCUGAUCCUUUCCUGCGAUCCAUGGCCUUGUGGAUCCUUAAGGACUUCACUGGCAGUCUAAACACUCUGCUACUAACCAAUGUUGGAACUGCGCAUGCGCAUUACAACGAUGAAGACAAACAGGAAGGAUCCUCUGCUAAUCCGAACGUGUUUAACUUCUACGUUUACCUGCGUACGCAUCCACUUCUGAUCCGCCAAUACCUGGCUUCAUCCUACCAGGAUAAGAAAAAGCAUACAGUGGUCCUAUCUGGAUUUAGCUAUGGUGCUGAUACCAAGACAUCUAAUUCGGAUAGACAGUUGCUGCUAGAGGACUCAAUCACCCCAUUGGAGCGUCAACUGUAUUUCACCACAGCACAUGCGCAUUUCAAAGCCGGAUGCCCGGCGUUGGCUCUAGAAGUACUCUCCAAGCUGCCUAUGAAGGUUCUAGACGAAACAACAAGUCUUGUGAACAGUCCAAGCAAAACCCGUAUAGUCCAGGACUCUCAAAUAGAUACGGGGAUCAUCAGCUGGGGAGAAGCGGAGAUAUCUUCACAAUCUACGCCCAAAACUGAAACUCCAGGUAAAGCAGAAGAUCUGUUCAGUGGUGGAGAUCUAGACUGGUCCAAACCGGUUACAAAAUCAGCUGAUGACGAAUUGGUACUAGACUGGGAUGACGUACCAAAAGAAGAAGAAGAAGAAGAGGAUGAGGAAGAGAAGAAGAAGGAAGAGGAGAAGAAGAAGAAGAAAGAGGAGGAGAAAGAGAGACUGAAGCUCGAUCAGGCAGGAAAUGCACCACCAGAACCCAAAAAAGAGCCACAACAAAUGGACAUAAUGGCCCAACAGCUGAAAUUCGUCGCCUGCCUCAAAAUAUUAAUGGAAGAACUUUCAACUUUAGCAACCGGCUAUGAAGUGGACGGCGGUCAGCUGAGGUAUCAGCUGUAUUUAUGGCUGGAACGGGAAGUGGAUGCACUGAAACAGCUGUGCAAUUAUUCAGCUGAUUUGCCCAAUUAUGACGGUGUUGGCGAAACAGGGCCUGACCAGUUGCGUGAAUACAAUAGCACACCGACUUUCGGCAGAGGGGAGAAACCGACGUUGCAUGACAUUCUUAUGGCUGAGAAACUUGAUUUUGAAGCAAAAGUCUACAGAGCUGCUAGGCGCAAACGAUGGUUAAAAGCGAACGAGACUUUGCUGCGCACUCUGCUGAGCUACUGUUCGCUGCACGGGGCGAGUGGGGGCGGCCUGGCCUCGGUGAGGAUGGAGCUGGUCCUAUUGUUGCAGGAGUUGCAGCAGGAGAAGACUCAACAACAGCUGUUGUCACCCCUGCCCUUCCCCACCACUCUGCCCUUGUUGUCCGCCUCGGUCGCCUGCAACAAGACUGUUGUUGCCGAUCCGGUCAGAAUGCUACAGGCUCUGACCCACGACAUGCUGCAAACCAUAAUCGAACUUCGUAACCCGCCAACUUUAACCCGGGUUAACCUUAGCGAAGUGUUUGUGCUACGCGACCUCUCAGUGGCUUUGUCGGCCUGUAUCUACCAGUCACUGUGUGACAGCGACAGUUGUAAUGUCAAGCAAGCUGAUAGUUACCAGAGUGUGGGCCCAGAAUCGCUGACAUGCGCCAGUAGUCAUUUGAUUGCCGGACAAAAUCGUAAGAGAAGAUACAGCACUGAUGAACCCCUUCAAGUCACUACUUCUCCUGCCAAGUGGCCUGGUGUAACCAACCUGCGCGCCCUUCUAGCUCGUGAAAAGGACGAAGACCAGCCGAGGCUGAGUGUGCUGCUAUGCGAGGCAUUCGUCGCUGCUUACAUGUCUCUGGUCGUCUAUGCCACGUCAACCUGUGACUGUCACAUACUGUACAGGCUGGCAGGCCAACGAUUCAACCAUCCGUCGGUGUGGGCCUCGCUCUUUGGCGGUGGAGUCAAGAAGCUGCUAAGGGUUGCCACUGCCAGUCAUCAGUCGCCUCAAACCGCACAACCUCUCGCAGGAAGCCUAGAUUCGGAGACGGGACCUGGGGCCGGCGACGCGGGAAUGUGGACGGCCGUAACGAGCCUGACCAAGCAGCGAGUGCGCCUCAACAUGAAACUGCUGGGUCAGCUUGGUGGAGGAAGCGGAGGAGGGGGGUCUCAACCCGGUACCCCCACCCUUAUAAAGGAGGACAAACCGACAUACAGGGAACAGUUCAUACCACCUGAUAUCAGUAUGGUCUCCUACUUCCUUAGCAAGCCACUUUUGAAAGAAGACGUCCAAGAUGUCGACUAUGAUUCAGCUGACUCAGCAGUAAGCGACCUGAGUGAAGAAGAAGAAGAGGAGGAGGAUGUGUUCGAAGGAGGAGACACAGACAGGAAGUCUCUGGGAGGAGGAGGAGGAGGAGGGAGGAGAGGGGGAAGCAAGGAGAAGGAGAACACGGAACACUCGAAUCCGCAGAGUUAUUCCUGGUGCGUUAUGAGGUUGGCUAUUAUGCGUAUAGUCCAGUCACAGCUGCAGGAGUUCCUUAAUACGGCAGGAAUUGAGUUACAGGAACUACCAGUGAGCAGCCCCCUGAUUCACGGUGUCCUGAGGGUGGUGAGCCAGUGGGGGGAUGCCCUGAGGGAUGAACUGGAUGAGAGAGGACCCCCACCGGUCGACUACAUCCCCGGCUGCUAUGUGGAGUCCUCUGCCCCGGGACCAGCCAUUCACAAAUACAGAUCGCUCCUCGACAAAGCGAACACUCCAUUUCAACCCCGGCACUGGUCGGCCGCACCAGCUAGGCGCCUGUGGAACUACCUGGUGCGCCAAGAACAGGUGCAAGAUCUGUUCAUCAGGUGCGUUUUCGGGCGUCGAACCACUAAGACGUCCGUCGAUUGGCGCAAUUUCGACGCAGCGGCGUCGGAUGAACGGGGAGGUACAGGGCCGGACGAAAGAGGUGCCCAUCAAAACCUACCAGAACCUGUUCGAAUCAUACAUAAGGAACAGGAUUCUAUAUCUGCAUUCUGCCUCAAUCAGGUAAACGGCUCAUACCUGGCCCUAGCCACCCCAAGAGAGGUGCAAGAAAUGGACAUCUCUCUACUUUUGGAACUACCCUCGUGGCUCGAGGACGAAUGUGAAUUCGACAUUAUCAACCUCAACAAGGAACCGGAACAGUUACCUGCCAGUGGAUUCCUUGUGAUCCAGACGGCAUUGGAUAAGCCCCAUCUCACUUCCCCCACCCAGGCCAAUAUGAUGUCUCAGAAUACUGCAAGUCCUCAACCUGGAAUGGCGGGGCAGACUGGAAGAGGUGCCUCUGUGCAGAGAAGCCCCUCUACAGUGAGUGAUAGUAGCUCUAACACAGCAGUAAUAUGCCGUACCAAAGAUAGGAAGAUUGUGAAUAUUCCAUCGGUUCUAAAACAUAAAGUAGACGGUAUACGAAGAAUUAGUGCGCAUCCUCUAUUGCCGUUAUACCUAACCGGUUCUCAGGACGGUUCAGUACAGAUGUGGGAAUGGGGACAUCAGCAGGCUGUCACGGUGGCAAGACCAAGCGGGACUUUUGCUAAGGUAACACGUGUACGCUUCAGCCAACACGGAAAUAAGUUUGGAGUGGCAGAUGGAGAUGGAAACCUGAGUCUUUUCCAAGUAGGACUCGCUUCGACCGUCAGCCGGCCGUUCUUUACAUACCAGUGUCAUAACAAGGUAACGAGCGACUUUGUGUUUCUGGGGUCGUGCAGUCUUGUAGCUACAGCUGGUCACAGUUCGGAGAGCAAGAAUGUUGCCUUAUGGGAUACGCUUCUGCCGCACAAGAAAAGUCUCAUCUCUGCAUUCACCUGCCACGAACAGGGCGCUUCCAGUCUAGUGUUUGCGCCCCAGCAUCAGCUGCUGAUCUCGGCCGGCAAGAAGGGCGACAUCUGCAUUGUCGACGUCCGUCUGCACCAGAUGCGACAACGCUUCACCGCACACGACUCGCAUUCGCCCAUCAAGUGCCUCGCCAUUCACCCCACCGAGGAGUUUUUUGCCACGGGCAGUGCGGACGGCGACAUCAAGGUAUGGGGCUUGACCAUCCACCAACUUCUCUUCUCGUUCCCGGGCGAACAUGCCAGGUCGAGCUUCUUCAAGCACAUUGGCCAGGGCGUCACUCAGCUGCAUCUGGACUCGGCCGCACGCCUCUACUCAUGUGGAGCCGACGGCUCAAUGAAGGUGCGCCAGCUCCCAGAACGCAGCCAAGAUCUGCUGCAUAACUACUACUAGAUGCCCCAGAACGCGGCCAAUGUAUACUUCAGUAACAGCUGCAUUCCUGAAUUCGACUGCGCUUUGCUACAAGGGAAUAAACGCCAUACCUUAUUAUAUUAUCAAUAUAAUAAUUUUAAUUUCCAAUAAUUAUUCAUAAUGUAUGUUUAAAUAAUAUUAUCAGAGAUUAGAGAUUUUCUUCAAGGGA